GCGUCGCCCUGCGGGGCCAGUCGCUUGAAAUUUCAGUCCACGCCCUUCAAGGCAAGGCGGCGGAUUGCACGCGCCCAGCGCGCGCGCUGAGAGACCCGGCCACUUUGGCAGGCGAGUGGGCGGGCCGUGGCGGCCAUGGAGGCGACGCGCAG